AAGAGAGAGCGAUGUGAACAAGGCAAUGGUUUACAGUAAAAUGAUCUAAUACUUCAAUCUUUACGGCUUCCUCUCAUGAUGUCAUGCUUUUGUUUUUCUAGAAGAUGAAUUAUUGUGAUAAAUAUUUAAGUAAAAUAAAAUAAAUCAAACUUGGUGAAAAAUACAUUGUGCAACAUUUAUUCCUUAUCGGAGUUUGCGGUCGGUAUUAUUUUUAAUCAGCCUUGGCGGUUUCCGGUAUGAUGACUAUGAUGUGACGCAUUUGUUUUUCUAGAAUUUUUCCAACAUUGUGCAAUUCUCCUUAUCAGUUUGCGGUUUUCCGGUCUAGCAUUGUACCCAGCAAACAACUCGCAAUUCACAUCAGUCUCUACCUACCUCUCGUUGAAAAUAGUCGAUCCACCGCGCCGUAUAAAAAUAAAAAAAUGUUUCUAUGCAGUGUUUGUGGGAAAUUGUUUUCCUAUAAGAGGAAUUUGACAAGACAUACGAAGAUUUGUAAUGCCGAUCAAAUCAAAAAUGCCACGCCCCAAACCGGCGUGAACGACAGUGCUGGCCCCAGUAAACAUACGUGCGAGAAAUGUUUGAAAUCCUUUAACAGAAAGGAUAAUUUAAAACAACACCGCAGGAUUUGCAAAGGAGCCAUCAACGUCAAUCUGCCUGAAACAAAAAAUUUAGAGACGGUAUCCCUGAAAAGAACAAGCUCUCCUACUAACAUCAAUCAGGCAGAGUCAGAGUCUUCGGUGCCAAAGAGAGCUAGACUUGGUUUCAAUAACGAACACUUGGUAAUGCAGGAGGAAGGUGUUUACUUAGUUAAUACCUCUUACAAAAACCGAAUUGCUACAUACCGACUUUUAUCGAAAAAAGAUCCUAUCAGCGUUAAUGAUUUUUUAGCUAAUCUCCGCGAAAAAAUCAUUUCGCUGGUAAGAUGCCAAAUCGAAAGGUUUGGCAAUGUGAAAGUCGGUAUGGAGCUUUUCGGGCGUUUCCUCCUGCAGACAAAGGAGGUGCAAGAGACCAAGUCCUUUGGCUCGCGUUUCAGGGAGGCAAGUCAGGGCACCGAUUUGGAGGAGUUGUUUGAUCAGUUCACCACUAUCAUUAAGCGGAGAUUCCAGGAGUUCAAUGAAAAAGAUAGUGGUUGGACUCUUCAGCAACUCCUUCACGUAGAUGUAAGGGUAAAUAAAAUCAACCCACUAAAAGCCUCAUCUUAUAUACCAUUACCGAAGGAAAUAGAAGCGAAAAGGGCUGUGUUGAACAUACAAAACACUGACCAGAAAUGUUUUGUAUGGUCGGUUUUAGCCGCCUUUCACCCAGUUCCCCGAACUCAGAACGCCAACCGAGUCCAGAAUUAUCAAUCUUUCGAGCAGGAAUUGGAUGUGUCAGGUAUAGAUUUUCCGAUAUCUUUGAAACAGGUGUCAAAAUUCGAACAACUUAAUAAUAUUUCUAUUAAUGUUUAUGGACUCGAGAAGGGUUAUAAACAUGAUAGGAAUAUUAUUGAAGUUGUUGGUCCUUUGUAUUUUACUAGAUCUCAUAAGGCAGAUAGACAUGUGAAUUUGUUAUUAAUCAGUGAUGAUUCUGGAAAUAAUCAUUAUUGUUUAAUAAGAAAUAUGUCUCGCCUAAUCUCACAGCAACUUUCAGGCAAACAACAUUCAAAAUUCUUAUGCGAUGGUUGCUUGGUUUAUUUUUCUUCAGAUAUUAAAUUAGAAAAUCAUCAAAAAUACGAUUGUGGUCAUGUUGUAGUUGAAACUCCUUCGGAUAAUUUAAAGAAAAAUAAAUAUGGUGAAAACAUUCCCGAGAAUAUCCUUAAAUUUACGAAUUUCGAACGAAAAUUAAAAGUACCUUUUGUUGUAUACGCUGAUUUUGAAACUAUUUUGGAACCUAUACAAACAGAGCAAAACGAGCUGGAUCCUGAAAUUUCCUAUACGGUGAAAACACACCAACACGUUCCUUAUUCUUUUGCCUAUUACAUAAAUUCGAUUUUGAUAAUUCUCAGUCGAUUUUCAAGACUUUUAGAGGACCUGAUGCACAUAAAGUUUUCAUAGAUUGGUUAGAGACUGAUUGUAAAUCAAUCUACAAUCGAUUUAUGAAAAAUAUUGUAUCCAUGUCUCCUCUCAGUAGCGUACAAGAAGCUGAGUUUUAUCAGAUGACGCAUUGUCAUAUUUGCGAAAGACCGUUUAAUGUGGAAGAUGACAGAGUAAGGGACCACUGUCAUCUGACAGGAAAAUAUCGAGGUGCG